AUGGCAUAUUGGUCGAUAAGCCUUUCUGUACCCAAUCUACCACUUUUGCAACAACUUUGGGACAUCCGAGAUGGACAGUGCAAGCAGACCUUCCCAGGACAUGAGUCGGAUAUUAACGCUAUCACCUUCUUCCCAAGUGGUUAUGCCUUUGGAACUGGCAGUGAUGAUGCUACCUGUCGUCUUUUUGACAUUCGCGCAGAUCAGGAGGUUGGCAUGUUUAGCCACGACAACAUUAUCUGCGGCAUUACGAGCGUGGCGUUCAGCAAGAGUGGUCGUUUACUGCUCGGUGGUUACGAUGAUUUCAACUGCAAUGUGUGGGACACUUUAAAACAAGAUCGUGCUGGUGUUUUGGCCGGCCACGACAAUCGUGUCAGUUGUCUGGGCGUUACAGAGGACGGAAUGGCUGUGUGCACGGGUUCAUGGGACAGCUUUUUGCGAAUCUGGAACUAA